UUUGAUACUAUCCGCGGGUUUACGUUUUCCACUGGCCCCGGUCACUGAUUGUCAUCGUUUGCUGGGCGGGAAGCCUGAGAGUGCUGGUAUUUUGUUGCCACCAUGGACAGGAGGGCCCUUGCAGACAUGUCUUCUCCUGUAGUUCGGGAGGCAGAGAUUUCAAGGGCAGCCCGUCGACAAAGUUCCAGCCAAAGGCCUUCUGCUGAUGAAACCUGGAGUGGCGCUAAUCCAUCGAGAAGUCAAAGUGCAUCUUGGACACCUGGAACUCUAUUACGACAGCACAUGACCCCACAGGCUCGGAGUGCUACCCGUCCACCGGAUUUGUCUGUAAUUCUAGGAACAGGAGGGAGGUCACCUCGUGUUGUGCAGACUCCUGCGCGCCUGGGAAACGUAUCUGUGAUGUCAAAUCUGGAUGACACUGCAUGGACCACAUAUUCCCCUCAGAAAUCAGCAAUGUUUACCACAGUGGACUCUCCCAGUUUCACCGAAGAUGUUACUCUCAGUGCAGUGAUGCUACAGGAGGAAGAUCCGGGAGAAGCAGCAACCAUGAGCAUGUAUCGUGAGUUCCUGCAUUCGUUCCUGAACCAUCCAUCCAGUGAAGUGUUUGAGCUGAUAAAACUUUAUGAAGACCUAUGUAUAGAACAGGUAGACUUACUAAGAAGGAUUGUCAAGCGUGUAACUCCUAGCCAGCAAAAGUUUUCCAAAACAGCUAGCAUCCUGUGGCUGCUCCAGCAAGAAAUGGUCACCUGGAGACUUAUUGCGUCACUCUAUAGAGACCGGAUACAGUCUGCCAUAGAAGAUGAGAACAUGUUUGAUAUUGUUGAACCAAAUGCCAGUGAGAAGACCAUCAUUGACAGACUGUUCCAGAGGGAUGCACUUGUUCGUCAAAGCCAGCUGGUGGUUGACUGGCUGGAAAGUAUAGCCAAAGAUGAAGUUGGAGAUUUUUCUGAUAACAUUGAGUUUUAUGCAAAAUCUGUCUACUGGGAAAAUACGCUGCACACGCUAAAACAGAAGAAUGCCUCGUCCUUUGGGAUGAGUCGUCCCAUUGUUUCUGAAUUGGAUCCUGAUGCCCCAAUAAGGCAGAGGCUACCACUAGAUGAUUUAGAUCGGGAAGAUGACAUUAGACUUCUAAAAUAUUUAUUUACACUUAUCAGAGCUGGCAUGACUGAAGAGGCACAGCGCUUAUGUAAACGAUGUGGUCAGGCCUGGAGAGCAGCAACUCUAGAAGGAUGGAAAUUGUACCAUGAUCCGAAUAUAAAUGGAGGGACAGAGUUGCAGCCAGUGGAAGGCAAUCCAUACCGAUGUGUCUGGAAAGCAUGCUGCUGGCGUAUGGCAGAUGAUGACCAAUUCAAUAAAUACGAAAGAGCUAUCUACGCUACACUUAGUGGAAAUCUAAAACAGCUUCUUCCUGUAUGUGACUCCUGGGAAGAUACUGUUUGGGCAUAUUUUAGGGUGAUGGUGGACAGUUUGGUGCAACAGGAGAUCAGAGCUUCAGUUAUAUCCUCAUCCGAGGAAGACGAGCUACCCAGGGAAUACUUGGAAGCAAACUGGUCUCUGGAAGCUGUUUUUGAAGAGCUUCAAGCUACAGACAAAAAGAGGGUGUUGGAGGAGAAUAAAGAACACUACCAUGUAAUCCAGAAGUUCAUUAUCCUUGCAGAUGUUGAUGGACUAAUGGAAGAGUUUGGCGACUGGCUCUCAAAAGGAAAGUCUUCACUGCUUGGUCAUCUUCUGCGCUUUAUGACGCAUCUGAUCUUAUUUUUCCGAACCUUGGGAUUCCAAACUAAGGAGGAAGUCUGUGAGGAAGUCUUAAAGACCUACAUACAGAGGCUUGUGAACGAGAAUCACAUUGAUCUGAUUGCUUUCUAUGUCAGUCACUUACCUCAAGAUUUGGCUAUAGCUCAGUAUGCGGCAUUCCUGGAGAAUGUUACAGAGCCAGAUCAACGACAGCACUGUCUGAAGCUUGCCAAGGAAGCAGGAUUGGAUGUUGCAUCAAUAACAAAGACAGUUGUUGAAAACACUCGUAAGAGAGAUGCUGGCGAGUUUACUCACCACGAUCUCGUUCCGGCACUUGAUUCAGGGACCAGCGAGGAUGAUCGCAAAAAAAUUGACGUGAUAGACUGGCUGGUCUUUGAUCCUGCACAGAGAGCCGAAGCUCUAAAGCAAAGCAAUGCCAUAAUGAGGAACUUCCUAGCAUCAAAAAAACACGAAGCUGCUAAAGAAGUAUUUGGCAAAAUUCCCCAGGAUUCCAUUGCGGAGAUCUAUAAUCAGUGGGAGGAGCAGGGGAUGGACUGUGUGCUCCCUGCUGAGGAUGACAAUGCUAUCCGGGAGCACUUGUGCAUUCGAGCUUAUCUGGAGGCCCACGAAGCUUUCAAUGAGUGGUUUAAGCAUAUGAAUUCACCCCCUCAAAAACCAGCGUUGCUUGGGCAUGCAUCAUUCACAGAGAAAGUUGCGCAUGAACAUAAGGAAAAGAAAUAUGAGAUGGAUUAUGGUAUCUGGAAGGGACAUCUAGAUGCUUUAACAACUGAUGUAAAAGAGAAGAUUUACAAUGUCUUGUUGUUUGUUGAUGGAGGCUGGAUGGUUGAUGUCAGAGAGGAUGCAGAAGAUGAUCCUGAGAGGGCACAACAAAUGCUAUUACUGAGGAGUCUGUGUUUGCCAAUGAUGUGCUUUCUCCUGCACACAGUAUUACACAAUACCAGCCAGUACAAGGAGUGCCUCAGACUGGCUGAUAUGGUUUCUUCUGAACACCAGAAGCUCUAUAAGGUGUUUUCAAAGACAGAACUGAGGAAUCUUCUGCAAAAGCUGAGAGAAUCAUCUCUUAUGCUGUUGGAUCAACAGCUUGAUCCCUUGGGAUAUGAAAUCCAACCAUGAUUACAACACACUGGACAUGUUGGAUAAAUAAAUGCUGUUUCCAGAUAUGUAAAGUAAAAGCUUUUUUAUUCAUGAAAAAAACUUGGUAAUGUUAAGUAAUAAAGUACAUGAAUGUGUGUAUUUUCUCUCUUGUAUUUUAUAUAACCGGCCAGGUCUCUUUUCCAGGGAUAAAUAACACAAACUGCUUCAUAGUUGUACCACUGAAACAA